AUGGAGAACAUAACUCAGCUUAACCCUCUUCAGAUUGCCAACCAAGUUUCCAGUGCCGUCACUGUCAACUAUGAUUACUAUUAUGACGAAGAAGAGAUGAUCUUCCAUCAAACUUUGCAGAAAAGGCUGAACAUCCUCUUCAUGGUCAUCUACAGUGUUGCUUUUGUUCUGGGUGUCUGUGGAAAUGGGCUGGUCAUUUUCAUCACCGGCUUCCGUAUGAAGAAGACGGUCAACACCGUCUGGUUCCUCAACUUGGCCAUAGCCGACUUCACCUUCACCUUCUUCCUGCCACUGACCAUCGCCUACAUAGCCCAGGGCUUUCAUUGGCCCUUUGGGGAGGCCAUGUGCAAGUUCAACAGCACCCUGGCCUUCAUCAACCUCUACGCCAGCGUCUACCUCCUCAUGGUCAUCAGCAUAGACCGCUGCAUCUCUGUGACAUGCCCUGUGUGGGCUCAGAAUCAUCGGAGCCCCCGCCUGGCUUCCUUUGUGGCUUUGGGGGUUUGGAUUCUGGCCCUGGUGUUGAGUUCACCGAACAUCCAUUUCAGGGCGACUAAAGGGGAUGGAGAUGUGAUCCGCUGCUACAACAAUUAUAGCCACCAUCUGGAACAGGCAAAAGUCUCCCACCGGGCCAUGAUUAUCAGCCGUUUCAUCUUUAGCUUUGCGAUCCCCUUCCCAGUCAUCAUUGUUUGCUAUGGAGCGAUAGUUCUGAGGCUGAGGAGGGACCGCUUGGCCUCCUCGACCAAGCCCUUCAAGGUCAUCACCGCAGUGAUUGUGGCCUUUUUCAUCUGCUGGCUCCCCUAUCACGUUUUCUCUUUCCUGGAGAUUCAGAGUUACGAGGACCACACUCUGCACCAGAUCCUACCUAUUGGUAUUCCUCUGGCGUCAAGCCUGGCCUUCAUCAACAGCUGCCUCAACCCCCUCUUGUAUGUCUUCAUGGGGCAUGAUUUCAAGGAAAGGCUCAGACGCUCCAUCCUCUCGGUAUUUGAGAAUGCCUUCGCUGAGGACGUCAGCCAGAGUACGGCUCAGACGAAGACCAGAUCCUCAGUGGACUCCCAAGGAGUAUGA